AUGUCUUCUGCAUCAUCAUUUACUACUCCAAGGAAGAGAACCCUUCCAGACCAUCAAUUAGACAAUUCCGGUCUCCCUACUUUUGAUGAUCAUCAGGAUAUGAUCAGUGCAGUCAUAUCAACUUUGCAAGCACCGGAGGAGAAAACUAAUGUAGCCCUUACAUAUGCCAAUGAUAAGAAUUUAGAAACUGAAGUUCAAGCUUAUGCUAAAAUCGCUGGUAGGGACUGGACAUAUUAUGUGAAAUCCUUGGCUAUAUCUAUUGGAAGAAACACUGAUAUGUCAUCUUCAUCUUCUAUGAACAACCCAAAUGGGGGUAGCGGUCCUUUGAUAGAUAUAGAUUUGGGACCAGCUAAAGUUGUCAGUAGACAACAUGCGUCUAUUACUUACAACCUAGAUUUGAGAUGUUGGGAAUUGAAAGUCAGUGGUAGAAAUGGAGCAAGAAUAGACGGGUCAAAGAUUACUGUUGGUUCGCAUGAAGUUAAUGCCUUGCACUCUGGUGCUAUUUUGGAUAUUGGUGGUACCCAAAUGAUGUUUAUUUUACCUGACUCCCCAGCAGCAAUUGCUCCUAAAAUGUUGGAAAAGUGUCUUGCGAGAUAUAAGGAACAAACCCAACAAUCUAAACGUAUUGCUAGUGGAAGUAGAGGUUUUCAAUUGUUUGGCAAUGUUUUAACCCAUUCACCUUCCUCUAUCUCCGCCAAUUCUCUUCAAUCUAAUUUAGAUCAAGAUUUAUCUAAAGAAGAUGCCAAGGACAUUAAACCACCAUACUCAUACGCUACCAUGAUUACUCAAGCCAUUUUGUCAAACCCACAAGGGGUAAUGUCGUUGUCGGAAAUUUAUAAUUGGAUUGCUUCUCAUUACGCCUACUAUAAAUACUCCAAAACUGGUUGGCAAAACUCCAUUCGUCACAAUUUGUCAUUGAACAAAGCUUUUGAAAAAGUUCCAAGAAGACCAAAUGAACCUGGGAAGGGUAUGAAAUGGCAAAUUAGUGAUUCAUACAAGGAAGACUUUUUGAACAAAAUUUCCGAUGGUACUAUUCUGAAAACAAGAAGAGGAUCAUCUGUUUCAAGACAAUUAAGUUUGCAUUUGGCAACUCACAAGCAAUUGCCAGAAUCUCAGAAAUAUUUUCAAGAUCAACAAAUUCCAAAGAUUGCAUCGGGACCAAUACAAAUGCCAACUCAAACUCAACAGCAACAUCAAAUACCACCAUCCCAACAACAACAACAACAAACACAUUAUCAACAACAACAACCUCAUCAAAACUAUCCCAUUCCUGCAAAUCCAAUGCAAUCAAACCCAUUAGGAUCGAUGCAACAGACAAACAUUUAUAACAAUAUGCAAAAUGCAGGCCGUCCUUAUACUUCAUACCAAAAUCAACCAAUGGUAUACCAACAACAACAACAACCACAACAUCAAGGACAAGGCCAUUUUCAACAACAACCACAACAACAAGGAUAUCCAGUAAAUGGCAUCAAACAGGAACCACUUUCACCAGUCAGAAAGACCUCAAGUGUUGGAAGUGGUGAAAGCCAAGGUGAUGGUACACCUAAAUUACCUAAGGGUUCUAUUCAAGCAAGUGGAAAUCCUCAUUCUAGAAAUACUUCCUACACAACAAGUCAAUUACAAGAAGUGUCACAAUACAAUAGCUCUACAAAUGAGAGUGUAUCGACAGCUCCUUCAACUACAAAUAUUACUAACGGUGAUAUUGGGUUAAACUUUGCCAGUCCAAAGAAAAUUACUGCCUUGGAAGCUUAUACACCAGAAAGAGGAUCCACAAAAGUUGGAAACAAUUUAGUACCAGGAAAUGUCAAUGGAAAUAACAACAACAAUAAUAAUAACAACAACAAUAAUAAUCACAAUGGAAAAAUUCCAGGAGGCCCUAACCCAAAUCAAUCAUCACCUGCAUUUUGGAAUUUUGUUCAAUUUAGUACACCAAAUGGUCAACAAUCACCAAGUCGUAAGAAUAGUGAAGAUGUUGGAAAUACUAGUCCUACAUUGAACAGAAAAUUAAAACAACAAAAAACUAAUAAUAAUAAUGAUGAAAGUAAUACCAAUAUUAACAAGAACACUUCACCAUUUAAGAAAGAUCACCAAACAGGAAUGGUUGAUCUGUAA